UAUGAGAGAGAACUAAAAAGGAACCUGCAGUGAGGGGAGACUACCUAUUGAUCUACGAAGACAAGUCUUUUAAGCUUCUAAAAAAUGGAUGAAAAGUCAAAUCAAAGUCAAGAGGGGAGUGCUGCUACAUCUGGCAACAACUCUGCAGAAAUGAUCAAUAAAGAUCAUCUAUCAGACUUGGGAGAUGAAGAACUCAGCGAGAACCCAAGAACUGGACCAGAGCUUCAACACAGGGAGAACCUUCGAAAACAGACUAUGAUGUUGAGAUUCACAACAACUUCAGGAAGAUACAAGAGCGAGGUAGACUCACUUGAGGAGGCAUUCAUAGAUACAAUGAUUGUUGCUCCAAUACGUGACCCUGGGUUGGUAGAAAAUGAACUAAAUUCCAGAGGGAAAGAACGUGAAAAGGUGCAAAGAGAAAGUAUCAAGAAUAUGCAUCAAGUUCGGGUUGAUCAGUUGCUGAGAAGUGGCUCUGAAAGAGACAAGUUCGGAACAACUGUUGUGUUUGGAGCUGCAGGAAUUGGAAAGAGCACUUUGGUACAGAAAAUAAUCCAUGAUUGGGCUGCAGGGAGAAUGUAUCAAGAGUUUAAAUUUGUGUUUCAAUUAAAUAUACCAGCAUUAAACUUAAUAAAAGUUAAGACAAAUUUAAAUACCCUCAUCUUGAAUUCCUACCCUUACCUCGUAAAAUCAUUGAAAAAUGCAUGGGAAGACCCUGGAAGCAUAUUGUUCAUAUUCGAUGAUAUAGACCAGUUUGACAGUGGCAUGGAUCUUACCGAUUUGGACAGAUGCAAAAACCCACAAAAUCAAUGUUUCGAUGCUGAAUCCCUACAUUGUGUUUCCGAUAUUGUGCGCUGCCUAAUCGAGGGAUAUUUGCUGCAUGGUUGCUCAGUGCUGGUCACAAGCCGGCCUUGGAAAAUGGGGAAUUUAACAAAGACAAAAAUAAAUCUAAGAGGAGAAAUCCUGGGGUUCACCUCAGAGAGUAUAAAACAAUAUUUUCGCCGACAUUUUGGAGAUGAACAGUUAGCCACGGAUGUAAUGGAAUCGAUUCAGUGGAAUGAGACAUUGUACACCAUGUGCUAUAACCCUCUGUACUGCUCCGUUCUCUCCUCCUUAUUAGAGACAGGCCUGGGAGAACGAGAAGAAGACGGGCCACUGUUGAUCCCAACCAACACAGAUGUGUUUUCUGCCUAUGUAACAAAACUGUUAGCAAGAUGUGGUUAUGGUGAGGGUACUGCUCGUGCUGCAAUGUUAAAACUAGGCGAGUUGGCCUGGAAAGGAAUUUGCAAAAAAGCUGCUGUGUUUGAUUCAGACCAGUUCAAUCAACAAGAGCUUGAGGCUUCCAAUCUCAUCUCUUCCUUUAUCAUGGAGAUUGGAGAUUCAUGCAAUGUUACAUAUGCCUUCAGUCACUCUGUUUUGCAGGACUUCAUUGCUGCACUUGGCAAAAGUCUGGCUACGCCAGAAAAAUGUCUGGUCCAAUUGCUUUAUGAAGGGUUCACCUGCAGUGACAACCGAUUCGAGAUAUUUUCACGUUUCCUCAUCGGCCUGCUAUCGCAGAAUUCGACCAGUCAGCUUGAUACGUUUUUGGGCAACUUCCCUCCUGAAGCAACUCACCUUGUGUCUGUUUGGCUCAAGGACAAUAUUAAAAAAUGUAUUAAAAAUACAGAAAACUUGCAAAGCCAAAGAGUCUUCUUACAUCUGAUGCACUGUUUUGUUGAAUUUCAAGACAAACAACUGACAAGUGGCACAUUCCUCCCACUGCAGUCAAUCACUUUCAACCAGCUUCGGCUGAAACCGUCUGAUUGCGCGGCACUCUCCAUCUCAUUUCUACACGUGGAACAGAUAGAAGAGCUGAAUCUCUCAGCUUGUGAAAUACAAGCUGAAGGUCUUUAUCAACUAGGGCCUGUGCUGCCCAAAUGUAAAAUACUCAGACUUAACAGGAACGACUUCGGAGUUUCUGAAAUUAAUUUGUUGUCUGCAGCUCUGAAGAAACAAAAUUGCAAAAUACAGAUGCUGGAGUUAAAAUCAAACAAACUCACAGAUGAUCGUGUGGAAGAUCUCAUCUCUGCACUCAGAGCAAAUGGUUCAUUGGUAGAGCUGGAUUUGAGUGAUGAUAAUCAGGAUGAGGUACUAACAAACAGACUGACUGAUAAAUGUAUCUCCUCAUUGUACCAUCUCUUCAAAUAUAAACGUAACCUCAAAGAAAUCAGAUUAAUGCACAAUCAUGGAAUUGCAGAAGAGCAUCAAAUUCUUUUGAGCCACUUGUCGACUGAUCAAGAUCAAAAUGCACCAAAGGAAAUUCUGCCCAGUGCUGAUACUGACAGAAAGGACUCAAUACACAAAUUGACUCAUGAUGAAAAUCCCUGUUUACAAGAAAAUCAACACCAUCAACACGAGUGUACAUCUGCAUUCACAUUCUUCAAGCAGUACAUCAACUAG